AUCGUAGUCGAUCAGCGGGGGAACUGGUGUACGAACGAGUCGCAAUUCGCCUUUGAUAUUCUGUUUGUGAAGCUGCGCGCGUUUUAUCGUGUAUAACGGACCUAACGGACUCGCCAUCGGAAUUGUUGAACUUAUGUCGGUGAUAUACGCACUUUUACGAAGCGAACAUCUCGUAACCGCUUGCGGGUGACAGUUCUGCGCCGGUAUCGUUUCAGUUAACCUCGAGCGAUCGUACGAAUCGAGCGUGUAAUUUUUUUCGCAGAGGGGAUGGAUCCUCUCGAGGGAGACGUAGAACGUCGUGGGCCGAGUCGCGGUCGGGGUCGUGGCCCAUGGACGUUGAGCCAACAGGAGACUCAUGCGUUAAGAAGACCUCAUCCUGCUUCAUCUGGAAUUCAAACAACAGGUUUCACAGAAUCGAGAGAUACAGAACAAAGCAAAUCGGAUAAAUCUUACGACGAUAUUGUACAGAAUUCAACCUUAUCUGUCCAUGCGGCUGAAUUCAUUCCAAAAUCGUGUCCUGCUAAGCCAUCGCAACAGCCACAGCAGCAACAAUUGUCUGUAAGAUUUGCACAGAAACAUUCGGUUCAAGGUAGAUUACUUCAGGCACAAAUAAUGCAACAAGUACAAAAUCCUACAUGUAACUAUGAUACACCUCAGCAUUAUCAGCACAUAGAACAAGUUCAACAAUUUGAUAACUUCUCGCGUCAGCAACAAAUGGAGCAAUCCACAAAUGUUCAUGAUUAUGGUCAUUUUGAUGGAGGGUCAGGAGAUUAUAAAGACAAACAUCAGGAAUCCAGUGGGGAUGAAGAUAAUUAUUUAAUCGAAUUUGCAACAACUACGCAAAAUUUAAUGAGCGUUAUACACUCUUUGAUAUUAAAUCCGGGGCGAUUUACUUCUAUUGUGCCGCCGCUUAUAAAUAAUCUUAGGCCAUAUUUAGAAUUUCCUAGUCACUUUCAAGAAAUUAUAAAGAUAAUAAUUCAACAGUCCAUAAACGAGGUUAAUUUCCGGUACAGUGGUGCCCGGCUUUGCGCGUCUCUAGACAUCAGUAUGACAUCCGCCGAACAAACGUCGUUUAGAGAAAUUUUAUAUAUUUUGUGUAAAAAUGAAACAGAGAGCCAAACUUCUAAUUGGAAGCAGAAGAAUGAUUAUACGGAGGAUGAACAAAAACGACGUCACGGAUUAAUAUUAUUCUUAGCUGAGCUGGUUACUCAAAUGGAACAUACAUCCGCUUUCGGUUUAGGAGACAUAUUGAUUCAACUUAUUAUCAUUACUUUAAAGAAGCCCGCUCCGAAUUCCGUUAAAUAUAUUUGCCAGGCCCUCAAGUUGGCAGGUCAUACCUUGGAGAAAGACAAAGGAGGAAGUCACAAAAAAAUGGAGAUAAUGAUGCGAGCAUUAACAGAACUAGUAACAGCGGGUAGAGUAGACUUGCACGUUGAAAGUAUGGUAGAUAGUGUUCACAAAUUGAGAAAUGAGAAUUGGGGGCAGACCUCUACUGUAGAUUCUUCUGACGAAUCUAUGGAGCACAUAGAUCCGAAUCAAGCAGUAGACGUACCUAUAUUCUAUGGACCAGACGGCAAAGUGUUAACCGCAGAAGAAAAUAAAUUUUUAGAGGAUGUUGCGAACGGUCCAACAAGUAUCGAGAACCAUGUAAUAUUAGAGCAUGCUUACGAGGAUGAAGUGAAAUGGAUAUCGGAAGAUGAAGAUGACGAUGACGUAGACGCAGCGUACGAGGAAUUUUUAAAAGAAAUUCCGAAGCAAACGCGAGAAUAAUCGAGACGUGACAACGAUUGCCCAUUAUCGUCAUCAUUAUUGCGUAAAAUGCUCAAGAUCAAUAAAACCUCAUAGUUGGAAGCUAUGAGCAUCCGCUAAAUUUUCAUUCUGAAUUUCGAUAAUACGCACGGACUAUAGACAACUAAAUCAAAUGCGUGACGGAACAAUUCUCUGCAUCCAUAUGUUUAUAGACCGAUAUUCAGUAAACUCAUCUCGAGUGCAAGACCUUUAUUUUAACUUUUUAUAUAGAACGAAAAGGGUUACUGUUCGUAGAAAUCCAUUGAAAAAUUCUCAUGUAUCUGAAUUUUUCCUUUCAGUUUUGUUUUCUAUGUACUAAUUUUUUUUAGCCUACACUUUUUUACAAUUAGAAACAAACAGUAAGGUUUGUUCCUAGAAUGAAACAAUAUCUAUUUGUCAUA